UGCUCAACACCUUCAUUCUUCAGCAAUAUACCAACCCAGACAGACCGUCGGGAUCACCUCGAAAGAUGUCGGCAUCAUCUGCAGCACGACAUCUCCUGGUUUUGGAUUCCUUUGCUAUCUUGGUGCAGCUCCUUUGCGUUGCUAAUGCUCAAAAUCAAUCUCAGACCACAGACCCUGAUGAAGCUAGAAUACUGAACUCCAUAUUUCAACAAUGGAGAAUAUCAGCACCUAUUGAAUGGAACAUAAGCGGUGAACUUUGCAGCGGAGUCGCCUUAGACCCCACUGUCUUUGACCUCGGGACUUACAACCCCAUCAUCACUUGCAAAUGUGCCAACUCCACUUGCCACAUCACCCAACUGAAAGUCUAUGCCUUGAACGUUGUAGAUGUGAUUCCGGAUGCACUCUGGAAUUUGACUCACCUCACCAAUCUGGAUUUGAGUCGAAAUCAUUUGACUGGUCCCCUAUCUGCAUCUAUUAGCAGUCUAACUAAAAUGCAAUAUCUGAUUGUUGACAUUAAUGCUUUAUACGGCGAGGUUCCAAAGGAACUUGGACUGCUUACUGAUUUAAUAAUGUUUUCAAAUAACUUCUCUGGUCCUUUGCCAUCUGAGCUUGGGAAUUGUUUGAGAUUGGAACAACUUUACAUCGAUAGCUCUGGAGUUAGUGGUGACAUUCCUUCGACAUUUGCUAGUCUAAAAAAUCUAGCUACAGUAUGGGCAUCUGACACUGAACUCACAGGCAGGAUACCUGAGUUUAUUGGGAAUUGGUCAAAACUUAAGACUUUGAGGUUUCAAGGAAAUUCUUUUACUGGUCCAAUACCUUCAACCUUUGCUAAUCUAACUUCAUUGACAGAGUUGAGGAUUAAUGGUUUGUUUAAUGGAAGUUCUACGCUGGAAUUUAUUAAGGACAUGAAGUCCUUAAGCAUCCUGGAUUUGAGCUUCAACGAUAUAUCUGGGCAGAUUCCAAACUCACUUUUCAAUUUAAGUUCAAUAACUCAUUUGUUUCUUGGAAAUAACAAGUUGAAUGGCACUCUUCCUGCACAAAAAAGUCCAUCUCUUCUCAAUAUUGAUGUGUCAUACAAUAAUUUAGCUGGGAGCUUUCCUCCUUGGGUUAAUGGACAGAACUUAUCACUAAAUUUAGUUGCCAACAACUUCACCAUAGAAUCUUCAAGCAACAGUGGCUUGCCCUCAGGACUCAACUGUCUUCAACGGAAUUUUCCUUGCAAUCGUGGUUCUGGAAGAUAUUAUAACUUUGCAAUUAAGUGUGGUGGUCAAGAGAUUAGAUCCUCGGAUGGAGUUGUGUUUGAGAGGGAUGAUGAGAUUCUUGGCCCAGCCUCAUAUUUUGUGACUGACACAAAGAGGUGGGCGGUCAGUAAUGUUGGAUAUUUUACUAGGAGCCAAAAUUCUCAAUCUACAAAAAAUCUAGACUUAGAGUUGUUUCAGAGAGCACGGAUCUCUGCUUCCUCACUAAGGUACUAUGGAUUGGGGCUUGAGAAUGGCAAUUAUACUGUGAGCCUCCAAUUUGUAGAAAUUGCGAUUGAGGAUUCCACCACAUGGCAAAGUCUUGGGAAACGAAUUUUUGAUAUAUAUGUCCAGGGGAAUCGUGUUUUUAAGGAUUUUAACAUACUGAAGGAGGCAGGUGGAUACUCUAGACAAGGUGUUACGAAAGAUAUUACAGCCCAGGUAUCUGAAAACUACCUUGAAAUUCAUCUAUUUUGGGCUGGAAAGGGGACUUGCUGUAUACCAUAUCAAGGCACAUAUGGACCUUUGAUUUCAGCAAUCAGUGCUACUCCAAAUUUCAAACCUACUGUUAGUAAUAAGCCUCCGAGCAGCAGCAAGAGCAGAACUGGUCUGAUUGUAGGGGUUAUUGUUGGUGUUGGAGUUGUCAGCUUUCUGUUUCUUGCAGCAUUCUUCAUUUUUGGGAGAAGGCCAAAAACCAAUGAAGAUGAAGUGAAGCAAUUGUCUGUGGCAUCACGCCAAGGCAAGAGCCAGUUUGUUACAGAAAUAGCUACUAUAUCUGCUGUGCAGCAUCGAAACCUUGUCAAACUACAUGGUUGCUGCAUUGAAGCAAAUCAACGCCUGCUUGUUUAUGAGUAUCUUGAAAACAAGAGCCUAGAUCAGGCACUAUUUGGAAAAGGAAGUUUGAACCUGAACUGGCAAACACGUUAUGAUAUAUGCUUGGGAGUAGCUAGGGGUCUGGCUUAUCUUCAUGAAGAGUCAAGGCUUCGAAUUGUACACAGAGAUGUAAAGGCCAGUAAUAUUUUGCUGGAUUCUGGUCUGAUCCCCAAGAUUUCUGAUUUCGGUCUAGCGAAACUUUAUGAUGAUACAAAGACCCACAUAAGCACCCGUGUCGCCGGGACAAUUGGGUAUCUUGCACCAGAGUAUGCAAUGCGUGGACACCUUACUGAGAAGACUGACGUGUUUGCCUUUGGUGUUGUGGCUUUAGAAGUUGUCAGUGGGAGACCUAAUUCUGACUCGAGCUUGGAGGGAGAGAAGAUGUAUCUGCUUGAAUGGGCUUGGCACCUAUAUGAAAACAACCGUGAAGUUGAACUACUUGACUCUAAUAUAUUAGAAUUUGACGAAGAAGAAGUGAAAAAUUUCAUAGGAGUAGCCCUUUUGUGCACUCAGACAAUUCCAAUGCAAAGGCCAUCAAUGUCUCGUGUGGUGGCAAUGCUUUCUGGAGAUACUGAAGUGAGCAGAGUAACUUCAAAGCCUGGAUACUUGACUGGCUGGAAAUUUGAUGACACAACAAGCUCUAUGAGUGAUCAACCUACAAGAGCAGCUGAUACCAGCUAUCAUACCACAUCAACAAGCACAAGUAUGGUGGCUGACGCAGAGAACCUGCCAGAAAAGGCUACUUAACCUAUGCUUCAUAAUAUUUUGGGAUAGGGCAGGUGAUUUCAUAAUCCUAUCCAUUCAUCUAUUCCUAUUCUCGAUUAGACAUAUUGUAUAUUACUGUAGAAUUUGAGUGGCAGCGAUUUUCUGUACGAGUUUCCUGUUGUUUCUCAAAUCAAUUUAGUUUCUGUCAGACCAUACAGAUGGUGAAUAUCAAGGCCUUGUCUAAGGUGAAUUAAAAUAUGAAAAUCUUG